AUGUUUUCUAGGUUGUUACGUCCUCACGACCAUGAAGGAAGUGUUGGUGUUGUUCAUGAAGACACAAAUCAUCAACACAGUCACCUUGCAGACCCUUGUCUUGUUCUCACUUCUGAUCCAAAACCUCGUCUUCGUUGGACUACUGACCUUCACCAACGCUUUGUUGAUGCUGUUACCCAACUCGGUGGACCAAGCAAAGCCACACCGAAAGCGAUCAUGAGGACCAUGAAUGUCAAGGGUUUGACACUCUAUCACUUAAAGAGUCAUCUUCAGAAGUACAGGCUUGGUAAACAAGCUGGAAAAGAUUCUGACGAGGGAUGCAAAGAUGGAAUAUCAGGUUCAUAUCUUCUAGAAAGCCCUGGUACUGAAAACUCAUCUCCUAAGUUACUAGCUUCUGAUGCAAACGAGGGUCAUGAAGUCAAGGAGGCUUUAAGAGCCCAAAUGGAGGUGCAAAGUAAGCUACAUUUACUAGUGGAGGCAGAGAAGCACCUACUAAUUCGCCAAGAUGCAGAGCGGCGGUAUAUGGCCAUGCUUGAGAGAGCUUGUAAGAUGUUGGCUGAUCAAUUUAUUGGCGACUCAACUCUAGACACAGACAUCCAAAAAUAUCAAGAACUACCAAGUAACGAACUAGGUGGAAUGCAUGUUUCAGACAUACCUUACAUUCUCCAGCCUCAAGGGGCUAACUGUUCCACUGAAAGUUGCCUAACAUCCCUGGAGAGUCUAAGGGGGUUAACCCUGGAAGGAUCACCCGGCGGGACAAAGAGGAUGGUGGGAUUGGACUCGACGGUAUCACCUUUGAUAUGGAGUGAAACUAACAUGAGAAGUCAAGGCAUUCAUUUAGCCCAAGUGAAUCCUCAAGGAAUAGCAAGGUAUGGAAUGUAG